GUUUUUCUUAAAUAUUUUAAAUACUUUUUUAAUUUAAUAAAUUAACUAUGAUUAUCUUUUUUAUUUAUAUUUCAGGCUAAAAAAUAUUUAACAAAAAAUGGAGCAUUUAUGUUAUUGUAUGGAAUAUCUCAAAAUCCAAAUACAAAUGAUUAUAUUUUAAUCAAGAAUAAUUACUUAAAUAUAGCAAAUUGGAUUAGUAGGAAUGAAAAAAUUGAUGAUUUCAUUCAAGAAAUGCAAUUAAAGAUAGGUAGCUAUGAAGAUAUAGUAUUUGAAUGGAUACCAUACAAUCAGUUUAAUAAUAUCAACGAAAUAGGUAAAGGUGGUUUUGCUAUAGUAUAUUCUGCAAAUUGGAAAGAUGGUCCAUUAGAAUAUGUUGCUGAUGAAAAAACAUAUAAAAGGAAUGAUCCAAAUAAAGUAAUUGCCUUAAAAUGUUUACAUAAUUCACAAAAUAUUAACAACAAAUUUUUAAAUGAGGCUAAAGAAUAUUCAAUAACUAAGGGAAGUAAUAUCACUAAUAUAUAUGGAAUAUCUCAAAAUCCAGAUACAAAAGAUUAUAUUUUGAUUCUUGAUUAUGCAAAGGAUGGAAAUUUUAAUAAUUGGAUGAAUGAAAAUUAUGAAUAUUUCAUCUGGCAAAAUAAAGUGUCUGUAUUACGUAAGAUUAUUAAUGGUCUUACAGAAAUCCAUCAAAAACAAAUAGUUCAUCGUGAUUUUCAUUCUGGAAAUAUAUUAUUUUUAAGUAGUAUAGAUGAUUUUAGCAAUUGUAUAUUAAUUUCGGAUAUGGGAUUAUGUGGAGAAGUUGGUAAUGUAGAUGAAAAAAAUAUUUAUGGAGUUAUGCCUUAUGUAGCUCCUGAAGUACUAAGAGGAAAAGCCUUUACUCAAGCAGCAGAUAUCUAUAGUUUUGGUAUGAUAAUGUAUUUUAUUGCAACUGGAAGACAACCUUUUUACAAUCGUGCACAUGAUAAAUUUCUUGCAUUAGAUAUUUGUAAUGGAAAUAGACCUGAAUUAAAUGAGCCAGAAGCACCAAAAUGUUAUAUUGAUUUAAUGAAAAGGUGUUGGGAUUCAAAUCCUAACAAUAGACCAAGUAUUAUUGAAAUGAAUGAAUUAAUUUUAUCAUUUUAUAAAUCUUAUGGAGGGGAUAUUUUUAUAGUAGAAAAUGAAGAAAUUGAAAUACAAUUUAAGGAAGCAGAGGAAUACAGAAAAGCAAAUGCAAAUCCUUCAUCCAUUAAAGAUUAUCAAGCAGCUACUCAUCCACAGGCUAUUUAUAUAUCUCGAUUACUUAACCCUUUUACAAAGGACCUUCCAAAAUAUAAUGAUGAUGAUGAUGAUUAUAACUCUGAAUGUUUAGAUUGCAAAAUUUAAUUUAGUUUAUAUGAGGUACAUUACAAUUAAUUGAGAAUGUUAUACAUUACAUUUAUAAAAGUGAUUUAUAAUAUAAUGUUUUAUGUUAUCAUUUACUCAAACUGUUUAUAUAGAUUAUUUAG